AGAAAAAAGAGUUGUCUCCCAUUCGGCACAUCCAGUCAGAUGGGGGACAACUCUACAAAUUUCAUUUGUAAAUCGAAAUGCUGUCAUUGACUUUAAAAGAGGCUGUUCACAAAUUAAGAGAUGGAUCCAUCACUGCUAAAGACUUGUGUGAGAAAUGUAUAGAAAGAUUAAACAAAACCCAACAGUUAAAUGCCUUUAUCACAGAGUCUGUGGACGUUAGUAGAGAUGCUGCUGCUGAAACUGAUAAAAGAAGACAAAAAAGUAAACCAAUGAGAUGGAGAAAAUUAGAAGGCCUCCCUAUUGCUGUCAAAGACAAUUUUUGCACUACUGGUAUUAGGACAUCAUGUGCCACUACCAUGUUACAGAACUACAUCCCUCCCUACACUGCCACGGUGGUUCAACGAUUACAAGAUGAAGGGGCUUAUCUCAUUGGAAAAACAAAUAUGGAUGAAUUUGCUAUGGGCUCAGGAAGUGUAGAUGGUAUUCAUGGUCCUGUAAAAAAUCCAUGGAAGUAUAAAUUUACCAGUUCUAACCUAGAAAAUCAACAGACCAAACCCAUUGAACAAGUCAGUAUGAGAAAUUACCACACCUCAACAGAUGAUUGGCAUAUAGCUGGUGGCAGUUCAGGUGGCAGUGCUGCAGCAGUGGCAUCAGGGGUUUGUUUUGGGGCACUGGGAUCAGAUACUGGAGGCUCCACAAGGAACCCAGCAGCUUAUUGUGGUGUUGUAGGAUUUAAACCAACCUAUGGCAUGUUAUCCAGACAUGGGUUAGUUCCCCUUGUCAACUCCAUGGAUGUUCCAGCUUUGUUUAGUAAAACAGUGGAUGAUGCAAGUAUUUUGUUCAAUGUAAUGGCGGGUCAUGAUGUGCAUGAUUCUACAACUGUAACUGACGAAUUUAAAUACUUUACAUUGCCUGAUAAUAUAGAUAUAAAAGAUCUUCAUAUAGGUAUACCUAAGGAAUAUCAUGCUCCAGGGCUGUCACAAGAUGUUCAUAAUGCCUGGGAAGAAGCUGCAGACAUGUUUGAAAAGGCAGGGGCAAAGGUCACACAGGUUUCCUUACCACAUACACAGUAUUCUAUCCUAUGUUAUAUUGUACUGAACUGUUGUGAAGUAGCAUCUAAUAUGGCUCGCUAUGAUGGAAUAGAGUUUGGUCACAGAGCCCCUAAUGAAGAUUCUACAGAAGAAUUAUAUGCUGCCACCAGACACGAGGGAUUUAAUGAUGUUGUAAGAGGCAGGAUUCUAGUUGGGAAUUAUUUCUUAUUAAGACAGAACUAUGAAAAGUACUUUGCCAAAGCAAUGCAAGUAAGAAGAUUGAUAUCUGAAGACUUUAAGAAAGUUUUUGCCUCUGGUGUGGAUAUAUUACUGACCCCUACCACCUUGACCACAGCACCAACAUAUAAAUGGUUCACUGAGAGAGAUAAUAGAACUUCCUCCGAGGAACAAGAUAUCUUCACACAACCUGUAAAUAUGGCUGGUGUGCCAGCUAUAUCAGUGCCUUCCAAGCUUUCGGCUGAUGGAUUACCUAUAGGAUUACAAUUUAUAGGACAAAACUUUAAGGAUAAAGAACUGUUAACAAUAGCUAAGUGGUAUGAACAACAAGUUCAAUUCAAACAACUGAAUUUAGACUAUCUGGAUAAUGUUUCUUGAUGAAUAAAAUAUAUUUAGGAUAA